GUGAUGAUAAGAUCACAAGCCUUUCUAUUAGUCCCGAUCUCCCCUGAUACAAAUCAAUGAUCCCAACGUUGAGUCUCAUGAAACCAAACAGGACUCACAACUUAACUAUAAUUACCGGAACAUGCCAUAACAUAACAUAACCCAUUUUCAAUUUCUCACUCUUGUUGUUUUUUUUCUUCUUCCCAAUAAAUAGCAACAAACACUCUCCUUGAAAAACAGAAAACCCCUUUUUCCCCUUCCUCUGCAGAGAAACACAGUUUUCUCUGCGCAAAACAAAAAAUAAAAUUCCCAAUUCUCUCGCAAAAUCAAAAUCAAUGUCGAAAACUCCGAAGGAGAAAGACGCGGAGGAGCCUCUGCCGGACCACCUCCGGUGCGGGCGCACCGAUGGGCGGCAAUGGCGGUGCCGGCGGCGAGUGAAGGAGAAUCUCAAGCUCUGCGAGAUUCACUACCUCCAAGGUCGCCACCGCCAGUACAAGGAGAAGGUUCCCGAGUCGCUGAAGCUUCAGCGCAAGCGCAAAUCAAACAACGACGAAGAAGAGGAACCCGAGCCUGACAACAACAACAACAACAAUGUUCUCGACGACAAUGUCGAAUCUAGGGCACGGAGAACCUCGAGAAUCGUGAAGAAGAAGCGCAUGCUUUCCGGGGAUUCCGAUGAUGGUUCUCCGGCGAGGAAGAAGGCGCUGAAGCAGGGCGAUAUGCAGCUGGAGCUCUUGAGGAUGGUGCUGAAGAGAGAGGCUGAGAAGAAGAAGAGCAAGAACAAGAGAAAUAAUAACAACAAGAAGAAGAACAAUAAGAAGAAGGAGAAUAAGAAGAAGAAGGAGGAAAAAGAGGAAUUGUGUUACACUAAAGAAGAGUUGAGAAGAGAAUUGCCCAACGGUGUGAUGGAAAUCUCUCCGGCUUCGCCGACGCGUGAUUACAACAAUGUGGGUUCGCAUUGUGAUGUGAAAGUUGGUGUUGAUAGUAAAACUGUUGCUCCGCGUUACUUUAGGUCCAAGAAUGUUGAUAGAGUCCCUGCGGGGAAGUUGCAGAUUGUCCCGUAUGGAUCAAAGGGUAAGAGGAAGAAAUGUCAUUGGUGCCAGAGAAGUGAGUCUGGGAAUCUCAUUCAGUGUUUGAGCUGUCAGAGGGAGUUCUUCUGCAUGGAUUGCGUAAAAGAGCGGUAUUUUGACACUCAAAAUGAAAUUAAGAAGGCAUGUCCAGUUUGUUGUGGAACUUGCACUUGUAAGGAUUGCUCAGCAAGUCAAUGUAAAGACAGUGAAAGUAAGGAAUAUUUGACUGGUAAGAGCAAAGUUGAUAGAAUAUUGCAUUUUCAUUAUUUGAUCUGCAUGCUCCUUCCAGUACUAAAGCAAAUAAGUAAAGAUCAGAACAUUGAGCUAGAAGCAGAAGCAAAAGUUAAAGGGAAAAAUAUUUCUGAUAUUCAAAUCAAGCAGGUUGGAUUUGGCUACAAUGAGAAAAACUAUUGCAAUCACUGCAAAACACCCAUUUUGGAUCUCCAUAGAAGCUGUCCUAGUUGCUCAUAUAGCCUAUGCUCAAGUUGUUGUCAGGAAUUAAGUCAAGGAAAAGCUUCUGGAGAAAUUAACUCAUCUGUGUUCAAGCGACCUGGUAAAAUGAAACCUUGUGGUGCUAAUGAGAGCCAUAACUUGGAUGAGAAAGCCACAUCUAGUGGCAAUUUAACUGAUACUUCAAUGUUGCCCGAGUGGAAAAAUGGUAAUGGCAUUGAUACUCUAUCAUGCCCUCCUACAGAGCUUGGUGGUUGUGGUAAAAGCCACCUUGAGUUGAGAUCUGUUUUCCCCUCGAGUUGGAUCAAAGAGAUGGAAGUAAAGGCAGAAGAAAUUGUUUGCAGCUAUGACUUUCCUGAAACUUCAGAUAAAAGUUCGAGCUGCUCGUUGUGUUUUGACACUGAUCACAGUACUAACAGAUACAAGCAGUUGCAAGAAGCAGCUCUAAGAGAAGAUUCCAAUGAUAAUUACUUGUUUUGUCCCACAGUGAUGGACAUCAGUGGUGAUAACUUUGAGCACUUUCAGAAACACUGUGGAAAAGGCCAUCCUAUAGUUGUCCAAGAUGCACUCCGAAGUACAUCAAACCUCAGUUGGGAUCCACUGACCAUGUUCUGUACUUAUCUUGAGCAGAGCAUUACAAGAUAUGAGAAAAAUAAAGACUUGCUUGAAUCUUGUUUGGAUUGGUGGGAGGUGGAAAUUAACAUUAGGCAGUACUUUACUGGGUCUGUCAAACGUCGUCCUCAGAGAAACACUUGGGAUGAGAUGCUGAAACUAAAAGGGUGGCUUUCUUCCCAAAUAUUCAAAGAGCAGUUUCCAGCUCAUUUUGCUGAGGUAAUUGAUGCUCUACCAGUUAAAGAAUACAUGCAUCCCCUGUCCGGUCUUCUGAAUUUAGCUGCAAAUUUGCCACAUGGGAGUGCAAAACAUGACAUUGGGCCAUAUGUCUACAUUUCUUAUGGCUCUGCUGACAAAGAAACUGAUUCAGUGACAAAGCUCUGCUAUGACUCAUAUGAUGUGGUUAAUAUUAUGACACAUACCACAGAUGCCCCCCUCUCUAUAGAACAACUUACCAAAAUAAGAAAACUGCUGAAAAAGCACAAAACUCUGUGUCAAAUGGAGACUAUUGCUACUGAGGGGCCACAGGAACAGAAAUUGAAUGGAAUACCAUUAUUGCAUGGUCCAGAAACAGAGCGAAAAGGCUCACGGAGUAUGGUUGAAGGAAUGAACUUUUUCCGGAGAGUCAAUAGAACAUCUUGCAUCUCAACUGAAGCUAAAAAAGUUUCUAGUCAGAGCAUGGACAGCAAUGGGGAAUGUGAUUUCAUUUCUGAUUCUGAUUCUGGAUCUGCUUUACUUCUCCUUGGGACUGUUCAAACUGCUGAAUUGUCAGAACACGAUAAUCCUAGAAAUCCCUUUAAAAGCUCAAAAAGACAUAAAAAUAAGUUUACUGAGCAUUUGGGUGCCCAGUGGGAUGUCUUUCGCAGACAAGAUGUUCCAAAGCUCAUCGAAUACCUUGAAAGACACUAUGAUGAAUUUUCUUAUACCCAUGACUAUCACAAGAAGAUGGUUCAUCCAAUUCUAGAUCAGAGCAUUUUUCUAGACAGUACUCACAAAAUGAGACUAAAGGAGGAAUUUAAGAUUGAACCAUGGACUUUUCAGCAACAUGUUGGACAAGCUGUCGUCAUUCCUGCUGGAUGUCCAUACCAGAUCAGGAAUUCUAAGUCUAGUGUUCAUGCGGUAUUGGAAUUUGUGUCCCCUGAAAAUGUUACCGAGGGUAUCCAGUUGUUCGAUGAGGUCCGACUAUUGCCUGAAGACCAUAAAGCAAAAGCAGACAUGCUGGAGGUUAAGAAAAUGGCGCUUCAUAGCAUGAAUACAGCAAUUAAAGAAGUACGUCAACUUACAAGCAAAACAUGAUUGCACCAGCUAAAAUAUACUUACAUGCCUCUGAGCCUCUAGAGAUCUCAUGUCUCAACCUGACUUCCAUAUCUUCAUUCUUGUAUAUAGAUUAAUGCUCGGACAAAUUUAUAUCUAGUAAGGUACUUAUUAAAUUGAUUAAUUUUCGCCUCUAUUUUCUUUUCUUCUGUGAAGUUUAUGCCCUACCGGAAUUUGAAAUAAAUCUUAUGGUCUGUAUAUAUAUUUCUUUAGUUUAUUUGAAGUAAAAUUUGAUAUGAACUUUUGCUA